UUCCUGCGUUGAUGCCGCACAGCUACGUAGAGUAUUUUGGUUUCCUCCCACAACGCUUUAUCUGAUAAGUCUAACAUGCUGAAAUACAUGUCAAAUUGUUGUAAAGGCUUAAUGACUAAGAAGGAUCACGUUCAGUCUGUUAAUGAGAUAAGUUCUAGUUUCACACAGCAGCAGAUCCAGGAAGUAGACAUUGUCAUGAAGGAUUUAUCUGAAAAGCUACACAGUUUACACUGCUAAUGUUAGAUGAUACGAACAACUGACAUGUAAUAAGCAUCUUGCAGCACUGCUCCAAGGUAAUCUGGAAAUGGCAGAGGAAGGUAGAUUUUACAAUGCAGACUGGAUGGGAUCUCUUCCUGCCUCUCUUACGAAAAUGCCUCUUUCAUUCUUGGCCGUGCCAGGCUCACAUGAUUCCUUCAGUUACUGGAUUGACGUGAAUGCACCAGUAGGACCAGACCAGCCCCAGGCAGUUAAACAGUUUACUGGAGUUUUCCGAUCCCUUGGUAGAAAAAUGAUGAAGAAAUGGUCAGCAACACAGAGCCUUACCUUCAACGAGCAACUUGAAGCUGGUAUACGCUACUUUGAUCUCCGUGUGUCCUCAAUGGAAGGGGAUCCAGGAAAUGACAUUUAUUUUUUACAUGGCUUAUAUGGAAUGAAAGUUCAAGAAGGAAUGGCUGCUAUAAAUAGUUUCCUAAAUGAACAUACUAGGGAAGUUGUAUUUCUGGACUUCAAUCACCAUUAUGCUAUGGCAGAUGAAUGUCAUAUACGUCUCAUUAAGAUGCUGCAGGAAAUAUUUGGACCUAAAUUAUGCAGCACAAUGCCUGUCGAAAGCAUAACAUUGCAGUAUCUGUGGAGUAGUAAGUAUCAGGUUCUUAUUUUCUAUCAUCAUCCAUUGGCACAUAGCUACUCAUUUCUUUGGCCUGGAGCCACAAUACCAGCACCUUGGGCUAAUACAGCAGAUGUGACCAAGCUGGUUCAGUUUUUGGAGGCAACACGUGGUGAACGUCCAAGAAAUGGAACCUUUCAUGUGACACAAGCAAUUCUGACACCUAGAUUUAAGAACGUUGUCAGAGGUUUGGUUGGUGGCCUCAAAGGUUCAUUGGUUGAAAGAAGCCUUCCAGUAAUUAUGGAAUGGGUGAAGUCACAGAAACCUGGUGCCAGUGGCGUCAACAUCAUCACAUCUGACUUCAUAGAGCUUGAUGAUUUUGCAACAUCUGUAAUAAACCUGAACAACCUACUUCUAGAAGAAAACUCAAUCACCUGAAAAUAUUACUUUUAGCUUUUAGUCAUUUUCCUGACAACUGUAUUUCAAAUAUUGAUCAAUAGAAUGCAUUUACAUUUCCCUAUAUGUUCAUUUUUCUCUCUACUUUAAAGUAUUUUUGUUUUCCUCUCUGAUUUUUCUUUCCUUUUACUUAAACAUGUAUUUGCUUAUUUAAUAUUCUAACUCUUCAAUUUGUUUUGUUAACUGGAGGAUAUGGCAGGUACAGGUUAUCCCAUCAGCUUCAUUCAGCCCGGCAGUCUCCUCACUUUUGUCGUCACUAAUACACAGGAUAGUGUGGCUCUGUACCAUACACUGUGGCAUUAUUUCUUCUUUACAUGCUUAAGGAGAGUUUGGGUUACAUAAUUGUUUAACAAUGACUUUAAUAUCAUCUGAGGUGAAAAAUGUUAUUGUUACUGACUGUAUUAUCUUAAUGAGUGUUACAGUAGACAUACAUCCAACAAGACUAAAAAAUACAGAUUAUAAAGGAUAACAUGCCACUGCUGUCUUUACUUCCUUGGAAAGCUUAUAUUUUAUUUUAGAAUUUUUUUUUUAAAUUGGCUUUGUGACUCUCUCUCUCUCUAUGGUUCUGUCACUCUCUUCCUAUUGGUUGCAGUUGCAGACUCCUCAGUGCACUGAACUGUCCAAGGUGAUGAAGUAAUGUGUGUUGCGUAAUAUACAGAAUUAAGGUUGUAUUUUAGUUUUAUACAAAAUCGGGGAGUGUCAGGGUGCUGAGGUAUUGUGUAUUGCGUAAUAUACAGAAUUACUGUUGUAUUUUAGUUUUAUACAGAAUUACUGCUGUCUUUUACUUAAAAACUAAAAAGUAACAAAUAAAAAUAUAAAUAAAAAGAGAUUUUUUUUAA